UCAGCUGCAGACAGUCAGGUGUGGUCGGUCGGGGAGACGGUCCGACCGGAGACAGCGCAGCUACCGGACCCAUACCGGGGCGAAAACAACGUCUAACCGCGGAUCUCUCACCAUGACCCCCCGACGGAGCCCCAACUGCACCAACAUCACCAAACUCCUUUUAAACCUGGGCUGAAGAAGCCGAGCGAGAGCCCUCCUCACGUGAUGAAACCAGGAACAGGUGACUCUUUAGCCGACCGCCAGAGGAACUGAAGUGAAAUCAAGGGAUCAGCCUAAAGGAAACCUCAGCGGAUGUAACCACUACUGACCUGCAGAGAAAAAGAGGAACGUCUCAGUUUCUCACUUCUUUAUAAAAAAUAAGAAAAGACAAAAGGGAUGGAGUUAAAGAGUGAGCAGUGGAGGAGCUCAGGGCAAUAACUGGCAGUAUAACUGGAUUUAUGAUCCGUUCUCAGCUCACAUCCAUCUGGCUGCCGGAGCAAUAACCACAAAACGCUUCCAAUAAGAGAUCAAUGAUCUGUGAGUCGCCACCAGUUGGAAAUCCCCCGCAGGAAUCGUCACCGGGGUUGAACUGGAACUAAGGUGGAACCAUGCGCUCGCUCUCGGCCCUCGAAGCAUGAAUCAUAAACGCAGCGCCUCUUGAGACGGCAGAGAACGAUGUGAACGUCUGAACUGGAUAAAAACCCAAAACUGGAAAAAGGAAUUCAGCUGGAAAUGUCCUGUCGCUGGUGGCAGGGGAACGCCUGUGAUUUCUGGACAAAGUGUCGUGCUGCUCUGAGCUCGUAGCGUUGGGAGGAACCGAACGCAAACACUGGGGAGGUCGGGGGGGAAAUCACCUCCUCCUCCUCCUAUAAAACUGAUUUUACUCGGGGAUUCAGUAAGAGGCCACACAAAUGGCGGGGAAAGACUACAAUCAUCUCUUUAAGCUGCUCAUCAUUGGAGACUCCAAUGUGGGGAAAAGCAGCCUUCUGCUCCGCUUUGCAGACAACUCCUUCUCUGGCAGCUACAUCACCACCAUCGGCGUCGACUUCAAGAUCCGAACGGUAGACAUCGACGGGGAGCGGGUUAAGCUGCAGAUCUGGGACACGGCGGGGCAGGAGAGAUUCAGAACCAUCACAUCAACGUACUACAGAAACACCCACGGUGUCAUUAUUGUUUACGACGUGACAAAUCCAGAGUCCUUUGUCAAUGUUAAGAGGUGGUUGAAUGAGAUCUCUCAGAACUGUGACAGCGUCUGCAAGAUCCUGGGUAAGUGGGAAAAAAAUGACGGACCAGCCAGGAGACAGGUGGAUACCCAGGAUGCUGUGCGGUUUUGGGGAGUCAAUGGGAGUUGCCGGGUGUUCGAGACCAGUGAAGAGAACAUAAAUGUAGAAGAGAUGUUCAUGGCCUUCACACACAUGGUGCUCCGGGCCAAGAAGCAGAGCCAGAACCGAGCCGAGAGGGAGCGAGAGCGCGAGAAGGACACGGUCAACAUUAACUCCCAGAGAGACCGCGACCGCAGGAAGAGAGGGAAGAAGUGCUGCUGAGAGCAACAAAGCCACCUACCGCUCAUUGCUUCCACAACAAAAAGCAUUCAAAGAUUGGGAAACCCCGUGCCUUAGGAGGAGAAAGUGUGUCAGAGCGCAGACGCGAAUGUUUGAAACUGCGUUCACUAUUUACUGCGCCACAUUACGGCGCAGCAGGUCAGUCUGACUGGAGGCGGAGGGAUCUACAGUCUGUCAGCACUGACUGCCUGUAGCAGCCUGGAGGUCACAUGACUUCAUGGAUCAUUCUGGUGUUUUUAGGACGUUUCUGGCGCGUUUACUAAAAGUCACAUUUAAAGGUCCAGUGUGUAACAGUGAGGAGGAGCUAUUUAAUAAUAGUCAUAGCUAUGUUUUCAUUCGUGUAUAAUCAGCUGAACAUGAGAAUCAUUGUUUUUUAUUACCUUCAAAUGAGCCGUUUUUAUCUACGGAGCGGUUUGUUUCUACAGUGGCCCGGAGCAGACAAACCAAACACUGACUCUAGAUCGGGUUAAUCCCAGUUUUUGCACAUUUGGCAGCCACCGUAGUUUCUCCUUUGUGCUUGGAAGUGGAGGAUGAAGCGAGGGAGUUGCAAUGUCACCACUAGAUGCCACUAAAUCCUACACACUGGUCCUUUAAAGCGUGCUGGCCGGGAGGAUGGAGAAGUUAACAUCUCUGGACUGACCGACCAGAUUAAAAUGAGAUUUUCUGUCUGUAUUCGUGCUACUGAGAGGAGCAUUAACUUUUACUGAGUUCCUGACCUUUAAGCCCAACGAUUGUCUCUAAGUUUCUAAGAAUGGAUGAAUUAUUAAUGUUUGUGUUAGGACUGCAACUAACAGUUCUUUUCGUAAUCUAUUAAUCUGCUGAUUGUUUUCUCGAUUAAUCGCUUUCGUCUAUGAAACAUCAGGAAACAGUGAAUACGUACGUCAGAUGUCUUGUUUUGUCCGAGACACAAAAUCAGUUGGAUUGAAGACAUUUAAAUGUAGUUUCCAGGAAGUUGGAGCCCAGAUUGACAAAGUGUGGAGUGGAUGUUCAUACAAUCCUCAUAAAUAUGGUCCAACCUUUCCACUUGAACACAAGAAGUCUUAAAACCUGUCUUCUGUAGCGCCAUCCUGUUGAAAUGUCUAUUUCUUCCAUCCAGAUUUAACUUAGACGUAACAUCUGGCUCGAGACAAUCCAUCACAGAACAUCCUGCAAUUUCCCCGCCUGUAAGGUUGAUUAAAUACAUUCAAUCUGCUGUGAGAGCGUGAUGGUUUAAAUGAGCUGAAACGUACAAAAACACCAGUCUGGUCCUUUAACUCUCCACUAGUGAACCACUGUUAUGUGCCCAUUUGUUUUUGUCUUCAUAGAGUAAAGGUGUCGUACUGAAAGGGAAGCGGUUGCAUUUGUGACUAAACUGUAACUUUAAAAUCAUUAACUGGUGUUUGGAGUGCAGUCCGACGUCUGUUCGCCUUAUGAGGCCAGUAAUCCCCGACUACAGUGUGUGUGACAGCCCAAAAUAUUCACGUCAAUAGUAUGUUGUUUUUUUUUUAUGUAAAUCUGUUGCCUAGCAAAUGUGUCCAAAUCCAAAUAAAGCAAUAAAUCCAGUUAUUGUUUGCUUCGGGGGGAAUAAUGAU